AUGACAACACAGGUAUUUCAUUUCAAGGCUGGUCGAGAUGAGUUUGACGACGUUAUUGCAACAUCUGCUCUCCCUUUGUUCCAGUCGUUGAUAGACUCCACUGAGCAUAGUGGAACUACUUUUGUGGCUAAGUUGGCUGGAGGAGAUUCUUUCACCCGGCGUUCCAUCUUCGACGCCGGGUGCAUGCCGGUCUUCUUCCACCCGGACUCGGCUUACUCACAGUUUGUGUGGCACCUCCCACGCAAGUACAUCUCCGAGAUCGACGUCCGAAGAGGAAACGUGAGCAUCGAGAGUGUGCUCCGACAGAUCCCCACCGAUGAAGUCCUCGGGAUGAGAGAGGAGGUGAUCCAGGAUCCACGGCAGCGGCUGGAAUCCAUGCAAGACUCCUUCAACGUUGCGGUGGAGGCUGUUAUUGACAUGCGAACGGCUCUCUUGCAAGGCAAGGAUGACGACGAGCUGAAGGGGGGGAGACUGACGAGCUCAAUGGUCCGGAGGAUUCAAUUCGGGUGUUGGCAGUCUCAGGCGGGAAGAAAGAAGCAGUGA